AUGGCGGAUCGUCACCCUCACAGGGUCGUCCGAGGCCCUGGAUCCUCGAUCGACGCCAACGAACUCACAAAACAGUUUGAGCAGCUGCUUCGAACGAGACGGCUAAACACCCUGCAGGCGCGCUCAAGGUCGCAAUCCACAUCUCCUGCUCCCUCGUCCUCACUUCACCCGACCCAGCCCUCCUCGCCUCGCCCUCAGUACCAGCCACCCUCCUAUUCCAACAUUCGAAGUUUCCCCAUCGUACCGUCGCCUCCACAAGAUCCUUCGUCCAUCAAACUCAGAAAUCUUCUCCAUGUCCUAUCCGUCACUCCAGUAAAAUACGAAAACCCCGGUUUACUCGACGAAGCCCUCGCCCUGAUUCCCUUGGAUCGUCUCUAUGCAGAAGCGGAGGAGGAAUCACAAAUAUUACAGGCAGAGGCCGCUAGUAUAGGUGAAAACGUUAAGCCCGCGUGGGGAUAUCAGGACUGUGUCAUCAGAGCCCUCUUAAGAUGGUUCAAGCGCUCGUUUUUCCAGUUUGUUAAUAAUCCUCCUUGCUCCGCAUGCUACAGCCCAACAAUCGCACAGGGCAUGACGCCACCAACACCCGAUGAGACAGCCCGUGGCGCUACCAGAGUCGAGCUGUAUCAAUGUUCGGAACCAAAUUGUGGUGCCUAUGAACGGUUUCCGCGAUACUCGGACGUCUGGGCGCUAUUACAGUCGAGGCGAGGACGGGUUGGCGAAUGGGCCAACUGCUUCAGUAUGCUAUGUAGAGCUGUGGGUGGGCGUGUUAGAUGGGUCUGGAAUUCAGAGGACUAUGUUUGGACCGAAGUAUAUUCCGAGCAUCAGCGACGGUGGAUCCAUGUCGACGUCUGUGAAGAGGCAUGGGACAAUCCUCGUCUUUAUACAGAAGGCUGGAACCGGAAAAUGGCGUACUGCAUCGCCUUUUCAAACGACGGAGCGACCGAUGUUACCCGAAGAUACGUUCGCAACCCGGCAAAGCAUGGCCUGAGUCGGACACGGGCACCGGAAGAAGUUCUAUUAUGGAUUAUACAUGAAAUUCGACGAAUGCGAAGAGAAAAUCUAUCGAAAGAAGAACGACGAAGAUUAAUGAAGGAAGACGAACGCGAGGAGCGUGAGCUGCGUGGCUACAUGGUCCAGGCCCUCGCUUCUGAGAUCAACAACCUUCUCCCGAACAGUGCAGCCAACUCCCGGUCCGACGAAAUCAAGAUUCCUGUCACCGCGGCUGAUGGUACCGUUGAGUGGGUUAGCCCAGCCGGUGAGACGAGGCGAUCACGCUCGGAUAGGUCAAGGGAGAACCGGUAACACAUCGUGAUAGCCAUUGCUCUUCAUGGCUCCCAUUAUCUCCCUGACGACAUGUAAAAUGUCUACCGUACGAUUCAUACGAUUGCCACGGAACGUUACCUUUUUUUUUUUUUUUUUUUCAACUCUCCAGCACACCCGCUGAUGCUUGAACUCUUCCUACCUCUUACCUUGAUGAACCCUUCUUAUCCACUGGAAACCCACCUAUUUCUGGGUGCGACUUUGGAAAUAUUAUUUAUAUUGUUUACAUUUCUGCCGGCGUUGAUGGCCUCAGUCCAGACGAAUGGGGGAGUCAAAUACUAGGCGUUGUUUUUAACGUGGGGAUCAUAGUACCGUGCCGGAUGCAUUCACAUUCUUCUUAACCUUUUUCAUCUCUUCCUUUUUCUUUUUUUUUAAUUUAUUUUUUUGAUAUACGCACCUAUACCAACAGUCCUCUUCAAAAAAUUUUGUUCUUGUUUAUCUAACUGCAUUUACGCUGCAUAUAUUUCUUUUGUUACUAUUAAUAUUCUCAACACUGGGGGCAAUUAUUCCAUUUUUUGCUGCAGCAGCUUGGCCUUGUCGCCAUAGGAGCGGGGAACGGACGACAGUUUAAGCUUUUGCGGGUAAUAUAUGUGCGCGCCGAUAACUCUGUUUGAAUCCUCGCCGUUUUCCUUUUUUCCCCCUCCCUCCCAAUUCCCUACCGAUCAUUUUACCUUUUUCUUUUUUGGUGAAGUAUUGCCUCCCUUUUGCCCUCUUCCUUUUAUGAAAUCAUGGCCUAUUCGUGAUUAUUAUACGAGUACUACAGUCAUAAACGUAUUUACAUCUUCCCAUGAA